AUGACCUCUAGGUUGGACCGGCUCCUCCUUCUUCUCGACACCGGUUCGUCGACCUCAGUGAGGACAACAGCAGCAAAGCAAAUCGCACAACUAGCAACCAAGAGCGUCGUCGGAGAUGCUGUAUUGGUCGAAGAGGAUAUUAAGACAAACCGUCAACAUGUUACUCUCAGCGAUCAGUCGGGCUGGUCCGAGCUAAUGGCCGUGGUAGCUCGGAUCCUACCGUACCUUCAUUCUAGAUCUCAUGAAACACGCUCCGCCGCAUCCACAUCCCUCGCCCAGAUCUGCGCUCUCAUUCCGUCAUGGCAACCCGCGUCAGGGGAAGAGGUGAUGGCCUCAGAUGACAUGGUUCCUCCCUCUCCCCCAGAGUUUCCGCCUUUUUCUGUUCAGGAGCUGAUGGAGAAAGGCACCCUACUUUUAGCAUCCUCUGGCAAGGAGUUCACCAAACCAUCGGGAAUCCUGUCGAGUUCUCUUGAAGUCAAGAAGGCUCGAAAGGAAGCCAUGGGCCGCCUAGGACUCGACUUCCUUGACAGCGUCGGAGGCGCGGACGAUAUGGACAUCGAGAAAGAGUUGGCAGAAGACAUCGACCAGGACGUGGAGAUGAGCAGCGUGAAGGCUGAAGAGGACAUACAUCCGCUCAGUCCUACUGAUGAGAUGGUCGAUGUCAAGAUGAAAGAGUCUUCUCCUGCUGGUCGGUCUACCUCAACCACCCCCGCCGCCCCAUCUCCUGGACCAUCUGCGACUGCGGCCGCGCCGAUCGACGAGACGGCGGCUCUGUCAGCGCGGGAGCGUAACCGUCUGAAGCGGAAGCGGAAGGCAGGCAAUGGUGCGUUCGUAGCAGCACCACCACCUGCACAAAGUGUCGGAGCCAGAUAUAGUGCGACAGCUGCUGGUCUAUCAAAAGCUCGAUUAGUGUCCACGGAUGAUCGCGCAGGACCCUCCAGCAAAGCGGAGCAUCCACAAUCACCAGCGGACGGUCCUUCUCGUGACCGCGUUGUCAUCGAUCCUUCCAAAGGUGGCGCUGUCUCCCCAAAGGUUGAGAAGCAAUCAAAAGCAUUGGAAGUCCAGUCAGGUUGCUGGCCGUGGGAUGGCGUUGUGAAGGUGCUGGAAGUUGACUUAUUCAGUCCUGCAUGGGAAGUGCGACAUGGAGCGGCGUUGGCCCUGAGGGAGUUGCUCAAGAUCCAAGGAAAAUGUGGCGGCAUGCGAGUUGAUUCCUCUUGGGGAGAUAAUCAGAUCGCUCACGAAAGAUGGUGUAACGAUCUUGCAGUCAAAUUCCUCUGCAUAUUCGUGCUCGACAGAUUUGGAGACUUCGUCUCGGAUCAGGUCGUUGCUCCUGUUCGAGAGACGGUAUCGCAAACUCUAGCCUCGCUCCUUAUCCACAUGCCUCGUAGAUCUGUUUUACAUGUCCAUUCAGUCCUUCUGCAGAUGAUCCGGCAAGACUUUCCCAUCACUGUGAAGCCUUCCCAAGGAAAGCUCGCCGAUAGACAUGCUGAGAAGGGCCAUGUUUGGGAAGUUCGACAUGCUGGUCUACUCGGGAUUAAGUACGAAGUGGCUGUCAGGAGUGAUCUGGUAAGCCCAGAUGCGUCGCGAGGCCAUCGCGAGGUUAUCGAAAGCCAGAAAGAGGUGCUGCGAGGCGUGGUCGAUGCUGCUGUCCUAGGACUGGGCGAUCGGGAUGAUGACGUUCGGUCGGUUGCUGCGUCGUGUCUUCUCCCCGUGGCUGCACAUUUAGUCGAACAAUUGCCAGAGGAGUUGAGCCGCGUGCUCGCGGUUCUCUGGAGCUGUCUCGGUAAUAUGAAAGAUGAUUUGAGCUCCAGUGUCGGAGCGGUCAUGGACCUUCUUGGCAAGCUGGUCACCUAUAACCAGGUAAUCGAGAUCAUCGCUGAUCAAACGCGGUCGCAUCCGAUCUCGGUGCUCGCCCCUAUGCUGUUCCCCUUCUUCCGUCACACGAUAGCAAAUGUCCGGCUCGCUGUGGUGAAGACGCUUCAAGCGUUUAUGACCGUUUCAUCACUCCCCAAGGACUGGAUCAAGCUGCCCUUCCUCAAACUACUAUUCCAGAAUUUAAUCGUCGAAGAACGCUCGGAUGUCAGGGAAAGCACUCUCUCAGCAUGGCGGCUCGUCCUGUCUAUCUUGAGCCCGGUCGAUGGGUGGAUGCAUUCUCUGAUCCAACAACAGGUUCUGCUUGACUGGUAUGCGGUCUUGAUGACACCGCUUGGUCUGCCCCUCGAUACUUCUACGUUCUAUGAUCCGACUUUGGCAGCCAACCAUGGUGUGCCUCCGGAGAGACAUAAUGUGGAUAAGAACAUGCUUGCCCAAGAUAUAGCUCUGGUGACAGUGGAGGUUGUACUGAAAGCUCGGAUUGCUGCUGCCACAGCGCUCGCGUACAUCAUGGCAUUCUGGCCGUCUGCGGGUUCGGGCAUGAAGCUAGAUGACAUGUUCCGGCCAAUCCUCGCUCACUACAUUGACUCAACUAGCAUGCUUCAGAAGUUCCUGGCUGCAAUCAUCGCGGAACAGUGGGCGCGAGAAUAUGACAACACCGCGUCACCGUCGGAUCCUUUGCUUAUCAACAAGUCGACUCUUGCAGCAGAGAUCAGCGGUAAGACGCUGGCGUGGUUGCAGGGAGACGCUCCCCCCGCGUAUCACGAGAUGGCGUUCACGCUUGCUCGCAUACAUGGCGAAUGCACAAAUCUGCUGCAAUCCUUUGUGUAUGACUGCAAGGUCCCGCAAUCGUCUAUUCCGUCGUUGGGAGUGGAGGUUGACGUCACCGGGACAAGGCCCGGCUGCUUCACUAUUGACAUCGCGCAAGCUGCCGUAGGUGAAAUGUUCACGACGCUAAAGGACAUCCUGGGUCGGACAAAAAAGCGGGAGCUCGCUAUCAUCAAGGAGAAGCGGAUUAAGGUCAUGGCUAGUAUUGACCGUUACAUUGAGGUCAAGGCGCAGUAUGACGUCCGUGUCGCUGCCGCUUUUGCUGCUGCGUUUGUAGCGUUCAAGAGCACACCCGAUAAAGUCAGUCCGAUCGUCAAGGGCAUCAUGAAUAGCAUCAAGAAUGAGGAGAACGUCGACCUUCAAACUCAUUCCGCGAUUGCUGUCGCAUCGUUCGUCGAAUUUUGCGUGCAACGCGAUCUGCCCCAACCUCCGGAUAAGAUUGUCAAGAAUCUCUGCACUUUCCUGUGUCAAGACGUUGAUCAAACGCCUACGUUUGCCUAUGCGCGCAAGAUCCUCAGUGGAGUUUUGUCUUUUCCGAAAUCAUCGGCUGCCCACAACAAUGGCAAGGAUAUCUCUGACAAGGCCGCGCUUAGUCCUGAAGAGGCUGAGAAAGCCCGUCUAUCACGCCGCGGUGCACGUCUGGCUUUCGAGCAGUUGUCGACGAAAUUCGGGCCGCGGCUACUGGAAGUUGUGCCAAAGAUGUGGCAGUCUAUGGCCGGUGGGCUGCUCAGCGCGUGCGCAACUGAUUCUGUGAGCAAGAUGGACACAAUGAUCGAGAAGCACUUGGGUCAAGAUGUCAUCGACUCUUUCAGCGUUCUAGAAGCUGUCGUGCCCACAUUCCAUGAGGCACUUUGGCCCACGCUGAACGAGCUGUUCCCGAUGGUCAUCCUGGCCCUUCGCAGCCGAUUUGCGAUUAUCCGUCAAUCCGCCGCUCGGUGCUUCGCCACGAUAUGUUAUACUAUGACCGUCGAGGCUAUGCGAUACGUCAUCGAAAUAGUAGUUCCUUUCCUCGGUGACUCCUUGAACCUGGCGUACAGGCAGGGCGCGGUGGAGCUGAUUUAUCAUAUCGUCCAGCAGCUGGAUAUCAAGGCGCUCCCGUAUGUUAUCUUCAUGGUUGUCCCGGUCCUUGGGCGGAUGAGCGAUUCAGAUGAGGAUAUCCGCGCCACCGCAACGAACACGUUUGCUUCGUUGGUGAAGAUGGUACCGCUGGAGGCCGGCCUUCCGAGCCCGCCGGGUUUCUCUGAGGAUAUGCUUCAACGUCGUGACGAGGAACGCAAAUUCCUCACCCAGCUGCUUGACGGUAGCAAGGUCGAACAGUACACCAUUCCCGUUGUAAUCAAGGCGGAGUUGAGGAAAUACCAACAAGAAGGCGUAAACUGGCUUGCGUUCCUUGCCAAGUACCAGCUGCACGGAAUCCUUUGUGAUGACAUGGGUCUUGGAAAGACGCUGCAAUCUAUUUGCAUUCUUGCAAGCAAGCAAUAUGAACGAGCUAAGAGACACGAGGAGAUUCACUCGCCAGACUCUGUUCAUCUUCCGUCGAUCAUCGUUUGCCCACCUACGCUCACGGGUCACUGGUACUACGAGAUCCUCAAGUACGCAGAGAGCCUCAAACCCAUCCUCUAUACCGGGAACUCGAGAGAGCGCGCCAAGCUCCUUGUCAAGCUGAAAACGUACGACGUGGUUAUUACUUCAUACGAAGUUGUACGAAACGACAUCUCCAACUUACAAGGUCUGAAUUGGCACUACUGCAUCCUUGACGAGGGUCAUAUCAUCAAGAAUGCAAAGACAAAGCUCACGAAGGCCGUGAAAUGCAUUCGCGCACACCAUCGCCUUAUCCUCUCUGGAACGCCAAUUCAGAACAACGUGCUGGAACUCUGGAGUCUCUUUGACUUCCUUAUGCCCGGCUUCCUUGGCACCGAGUCGUCAUUCAACGAGCGUUUCAGCAAGCCUAUCCUAUCGAACCGGGACGGGAAGGCUAAGACCGGCGAAGCUGCUGCCCUUGCCCUUGAGGCCCUGCACAAGCAAGUUCUUCCCUUCCUCCUGCGGCGUUUGAAGGAAGACGUCUUGCAUGAUCUGCCACCAAAGAUCAUCCAGGACUACUACUGCGAACUGUCAGAUCUGCAGAAAUACCUCUACGAUGACUUCUCACAGUCUCGGGCGCGCCACGCAGCGGAAGACGUCGUCCGUUCGGAAGAGGGAAAGAGCGGGCAGCAACAACACGUUUUCCAAUCUCUUCAAUACCUACGGAAGCUCUGCAACCAUCCUGCACUGGUCCUCAAGAACGACAAGCAGGCUAUCUUGGAUGCUUUGUCGAACUCUGGGCAGAAGGCCGAGUCGGACGACUUGAGUGACAUUCACCACGCCCCCAAAUUGCUUGCUCUUCGACAACUCCUCAUUGACUGUGGAAUUGGAUCUGCCCCUGGAGUGGGUGGCGAAGUGGCGAAGAGUGAACUCAUCGAAACGGAGUCCACAGGCACAGGAGCCUUCUCUCAACACCGCGUUCUCAUCUUCUGCCAGAUGAAACAGAUGCUGGACAUCAUCGAAACCGACCUCUUCAAACAUUACAUGCCCUCUGUAACAUACAUGCGACUAGAUGGUGGAACGGACGCCAAGAAGCGCCAUGCCAUCGUCCAGACGUUCAACUCUGAUCCCAGCAUCGACUGCCUUCUCCUGACUACCCAUGUCGGGGGUCUCGGUCUGACACUCACCGGUGCCGAUACUGUCAUCUUCGUAGAGCACGAUUGGAAUCCGAUGAAGGAUCUUCAAGCCAUGGAUCGCGCCCACCGUAUUGGCCAGAAGAAGGUCGUGAACGUGUAUCGCCUCGUGACGAAGGGGACGCUAGAAGAAAAGAUCAUGGGCCUGCAGCGCUUCAAGCUUAAUAUCGCUAACUCAGUUGUCACGCAUCAGAACUCCGGCCUGGCGUCCAUGGACACCGAUCAUGUGCUCGACCUGUUCAGACGCACUACCGAAGAGGAGGAUGCCGCAGCGGCUACCAAACAUAAAAAGAAAGACAAAGAUGCCUCCUCACUUCCAGGUCAGAGGAAUGUCCUGCGCGGCCUAGAGGACCUUCCCCCGGAGGAAGAGUACGAAGGGUUAGACCUGUCGAGUUUCAUGGGUUCCCUUGGACAGAAGUGA